CAAGUCCUUUAUCAGACCGAUUUUUCUUCAUUCUUUGUGGCUGCAAUGUGGAAAGAAUUUAAAGUACGUCUCUCUUCCUCCUCUGUUCCCUUAUCUUAAUAUGUAAAUUUUAAAUUGUUGCUUCAUUUUGAUAUUGAUUAUUUCAAGGAUGGUUCUAACUAUUGUGAUGCUGAUAAGGAUGUACGAACUUCUGGUAAAAGCUUGUAUUUUUAUUUUCUUAAAUUAGUUCGAAAUGAUGCAGAAAUGUGGUGUUCAGAAAACCACAUUAACAGUUCAGCUGUGAUGAAUGGAGCUUGUGUUCAGUUUUCUUUGGUUAAUUUUUUAUAAAAAUACAAAUAAAACUGAUUUAUUCCCAUAAUGAGGUUCUGAAAAUUCUAUUUUACUUUUCCAUUAAUUCAUAGUUGAAAUGAAUCAGUUUGUUUGUGUUGCCUAACACCCUCUUUGAGCAAUGCUGGUGUUUGUGGAAUGUAGUUAAUUGAAUCGAAAUGCCAUGCAUUUUUUUGCUACUUCUAUGUGAUCAGUUCUUGAGAGUGAGCUUGUGUUCUUAGAAAAACUAAAGUAAUUGAUAGUUUUCUCUUCCAUGCCAUUUCUAAUUUUAGAUUUGAAUCAAUCACUUUCCAAAGAACAAAAGAAUCUGCUGAAAAGAAGAAUGAAAUGCAGCAAAAGACAGGAUUAGUUGAAGCUCUAAUAGUAGAGGUCAGAGACAGAGAGAAAAUUGGGGGUGCUUAUUUGAAUUCUAGUGCAAUAUGCUGCACUGCAAAUCUUGCCAAGGAUGGAUCCUGCAAGGUAGGAGAGGUGAUAAUCCACCAAGACCCCAAUGACCCAGAUGGGCCAAAAAGAAUUCAGACCUUCUUUGAAGGAAAAAAUGAAGAGGCUAAAAUGGUUCUUCAAACAAUUGAGAUCAACAGCACUGGAAUGUAUUAUCUGUAUUUUAUGUUUUGUGAUCCGGAACUUACAGGGAUGAUAGUCAGUGGCAGGACAGUCUGGAGGAAUCCAGAUGGUUAUCUUCCUGGAAAGAUGGCACCAAUGAUGACAUUCUAUGGGCUUAUGUCUUUAGCUUACCUUGCCAUAGGACUUGCCUGGUUUGUCUGGUUUGUAAAGUACUGGAAUGAUAUUAUUCAAUUGCAUUAUCAUAUUUCAGUUGUGAUAGGUUUGGGAAUGUGUGAAAUGGCUUUUUGGUAUUUUGAAUAUGCUAAUUUUAAUACAAAUGGAAGCAGGCCAAUGGGAAUUACCAUAUGGGCUGUAACCUUUAGUGCUAUUAAGAAGACUGUUUCCCGUUUGCUUCUUUUGGUGGUUUCAAUGGGGUAUGGUGUUGUGCGGCCAACUCUUGGUGGUAUAACAUCAAAAGUAAUGCUCCUUGGUAUCACAUAUUUCAUUGCUUCAGGGGCACUUGGCCUGGUUGAGAACUUGGGGAAUAUCAAUGACUUUUCUGGAAAAGCAAGGCUAGUGCCUGUGUUGCCAAUGGCUAUGCUGGAUGCCUGCUUUAUUGUUUGGAUUUUUUCAUCGCUAUCCCAAACUCUAGAGAAGCUUCAGAUAAGAAGAAGUGCGGCUAAAUUUGCACUCUAUCAGAAAUUUACCAAUUCCCUUGCAGUAGCAGUGUUGAUCUCCAUUUCUUGGAUUGGAUAUGAGUUGUACUUCAAUGCAACUGAUCCAUUGAGUGAAAUGUGGCAAAAAGCAUGGAUCAUCUCAGCUUUCUGGACUUUGCUUGCAUUUGUGCUACUGCUGGUGAUAUGCCUUCUUUGGGCUCCUUCGCAUAACCCAACAAGAUACGCAUUCUCUGAGGAGACAGUGGAUGAUUCUGAUGAAGCGAGUAUUCCUCUGUCUGAGAGUGUUGUUAAGGCGGGUGGAGAUUUAGCUAGCAAGGUGGAAAGAAAGGAAAGGAAGGCAUCAACUGCAUCAGAGCAGUAUGCGCUUGGGCUUGGAGAAGAUCUUGAGGAAGACAAAAGAGAAUGAUAGUCCCUCUUUCUACUUGACCCCACUUCAUACUUAGCAUUAUUCCUGUGGAAAUAAUACAAAGAUUAAAUGCAACUAAAAAUUCAUGCCA